AUGGAUGUUUUCUAUGAAAAUGGACACCCAUUGCUCCACAUCUUAACCUUAUGUCACAAGUUGCAACCACAGCCAAACAAGCAGCUUUUUGAAAGAAAUCAGGACCGCAUUAUGCUCUCAUUACUUCCUGAUAUGGAGGACUCAUGGGAAAACUGGCUCGCUCAUUUGGGAAUGAAUGAUGAUUCUGCCUGCACCAACGCCACUAUAGCAGCUAUCGGGCCAAAAGAAGAAUGUUAUAACUCUUAUUUGAAGAGCAGAGAAGAGGAAUCAGGAAGUUGCUAUGAGUUGGAGUUGGAGGGAAGGGAGAAGAGUAGAGGAACAAAAAGGGCAAGAAGCUCUUAUGAGACACAAUAUCAUAUAAUGUCAGAGAGAAAAAGGAGACAGGAUAUAGCGCAGAAAUUCAUAGCACUCUCAGCUACUAUACCUGGCUUGAAGAAGAUCAACAAGGCCUCUGUGCUCGGGGAAGCCAUCAACUACAUGCGACAACUUCAACAACGAAUAGCAAUGCUGGAAAAAGGGAUUAACAAUAACCUAAGUAUGAAGUCAUUGAUCAUCACGAAAUCGUGUGAAACAAACUUAUGUACUUAUUAUAGAGCCAAUGAAGUGCUCCCUGAAGUUGAAGCAAGAGGUUUAGAGAAGGAAAUACUGAUUAGAAUCUAUUGUGAGAAACGAAAGGGCAUCAUGAUUAAGCUAUUGGCCCUACUAAAACAGGUUCAUCUCUCAAUAGCCUAUAGCACCGUAUUGCCAUUUGGAAACUCUUUUCUCAACAUCAUCAUAAUUGCUCAGAUGAGUGAGAAAUACAAGUUGAGUGUGAAGGAUUUGGUUAUGACCUUGAAGCAGGGCUUUUGAGAUGCAACUGUGAUUGAGUUGAUUCUCCAACAUUUGUUUAUUGAGUUGAAGUUCGUAUUGAGGAGAGGAGGUGUAUAUAUAUAUAUAUAACUACUUUUUUAUUCUUUUCUUUCUUGGAAGCACUACACAACAGUCGCAAGUAGUAACACACCAUGCAUGCAUUUAUGUCGGGAGAUGGAUCGAACGGAAGGAAAAGAUGCAAGCAAUUAAAAGCUACCUAGCUAGAUAGAUGUGUUGGAAUAUAAUAAAGGAUUAAUGGUGUUUACUUUGUUUUUGUGUGUCAUAUCAUAUCAAUAAAAUGAAACUAUAUCAUGUGUGUUUUGGUUUAA